AAGCGUGCAAUACAGUUUUGUUUAUCUAGUACUAUUUAUAAUGGAAUAAGACCGAUUUUGUAAGGAAAUCUUAAAAUUUCGAGCCAUGGCAGCACUAAAAGCAAGCGGUUUCAUUCUAAAGUCAUUUAGCCUCAACAGGCAUGUUAUAAGACUCCGAAAUAUUUACACCACCCCUGCAGCAUGUCGAGACUGGGUAAUACCUAUCGGAACAGAACAAGAUGUAAAAUCAGAUUCUUACAAGAAAAACUACGAUGACAUGUCAAAACUUGUUGGUGAACUUCGGAACAAAACUGAGAAAAUUUCCUUAGGGGGUAACGAUAAAUCAAGAGAAAGGCACACAUCCAAGGGGAAAUUAUUAGUUCGAGACCGAAUUAAAUUGUUAACAGAUCCGGGGUCAGCUUUCCUGGAGUUUUCACAGCUUGCUGGGUAUGAUUUGUAUGGAAAGGAAGAAGUACCGGCUGGUGGUAUCAUUACUGGGAUUGGAAAAAUUGCUGGAACAGAGUGCAUGAUAGUAGCGAAUGACGCAACGGUAAAAGGUGGAUCAUAUUAUCCAAUCACAGUCCAAAAGCAUCUUCGUGCACAAGCGAUCGCGAGAGAAAACAACCUCACUUGUGUCUACCUGGUUGACUCCGGAGGAGCAAAUCUUCCGAGACAAGCGGAUGUCUUCCCGGAUCGAGAUCACUUUGGGAGGAUUUUUUAUAACCAAGCGACCAUGUCUGCUGCUGGAAUGUCCCAGAUAGCUGUAGUGAUGGGUUCAUGCACUGCAGGUGGAGCUUAUGUACCAGCUAUGUCAGAUGAAAGUAUCAUCGUGCAUAACCAAGGAACUAUUUUCUUGGGUGGACCCCCACUUGUUAGAGCUGCAACUGGUGAAGUAGUAACAGUGGAGGAAUUAGGAGGCGCUGACUUACAUUGUAAAACAUCAGGAGUAACCGACCACUACGCCAAUGAUGAUCCUCAUGCUUUGCACAUAGCAAGAUCUAUUGUGAAAAAUCUAAACUUAAAAAAGAAUCCGGAUAUUGUGAUUGAAAAACCAGUGGAUCCUUUAUUUGACAGUAAAGAGUUAUACGGUAUUGUUGGAACAGAUUUGAAAAAACAAUAUGAUUGUCGUGAAGUUAUAGCUCGUAUAGUGGAUGGUAGUAGAUUCGAUGAGUUUAAAAAGAUGUACGGAGACACCCUUGUAUGCGGCUUCUCUCGAAUAUUCGGAAUGCCUGUUGGAAUCAUCGCAAAUAACGGGGUGUUGUUCUCAGAGUCUGCACUCAAAGGAACUCAUUUCAUUGAACUUUGUUGCCAGCGCAAGAUUCCUCUGCUUUUCCUACAAAAUAUAACAGGUUUCAUGGUUGGUCGCGCUGCUGAAGCUGGUGGAAUUGCCAAGGAUGGGGCGAAGAUGGUCACAGCAGUUGCUUGCGCACAAGUUCCCAAGAUAACUGUGCUAAUAGGUGGUUCAUAUGGUGCAGGGAAUUAUGGGAUGUGUGGGAGGUCGUAUAACCCAAGGUUCUUGUACAUGUGGCCGAACUCUCGUAUCUCAGUGAUGGGAGGAGAACAAGCAGCCACAGUGCUCGCCACCAUCACCAAGGAUCAGAGGGAGAGGGAGGGAAAGGAGUUCACGAAAGAUGAGGAAGAUCAAUUAAAGAAUCCUAUUAUUGCAAGGUUUGAGAAAGAAGGUAACCCAUACUACGCGAGUGCCAGGUUAUGGGACGACGGUGUGAUUGACCCUGCUGACACCCGUACAGUCGUAGGGCUAAGUUUAAGUGCUACGUUAAACGCACCUAUUCCCAGAACAAAAUUCGGCGUUUUCAGAAUGUAGAUAUAUUGCAGCAUGUUUUACAUUUGAAGCCAUUACCCAUUACACGAGGUGAUUUAACCAUCACACAUCAUAAGAAGAACUUUUUUCAUUUGGACUUCGGGUUCUGUCAGGUUAAGACUGUCAAACUUCUGGCACAUAACAAUGAUAAAAUUGUAUUUAAAACGUUUUUUUUAUCAAACUUCACUCUUCAAAGAUGACAACAUGAAGAUCUCUACAUUUCCUCAUCGUGUAUUUGGAUGUUUACCUGCUUUUAAUCAUAUAGAUAUAUUUAUUUAUCGGAAUCAUUGGUUUUCCUUCCUCAAAAUAAAGUGGUACAAAAGGGUGGUAAA